CGCUGUCAGUAGCAAACAAAUCGUAGAGGCAAGCAGACGAUGAAAGCUGAAAUGUAUUUCUGGCUGGAAGUCUCAGUGGUGGUUCUAUCUGUUCAACUGGUGACCUGCCAAGAUCCGGACCUAGUAAGAACCUGCGCCGAAUACAAAACCGAAGUCUGGGAUGAGACCUCUGAGUUCAGUCUGCUAAUAGAGGGAUCUGCACCUAUCUACAAGACGGAGGACAAGUGCACCAGCUACGCACCCCUUAUAAUUGGCGGUGGACCAGCCUCGCCCAAGGAGUUUCCUCACGCCGCCCGGCUGGGACAUCGCGAUGAAGAUGGCAAGACGAUUUGGUUUUGUGGAGGAACUCUUAUCAGCAAUCGGCAUGUGCUGACGGCAGCUCAUUGUCACUUUGCCGACGAGGGCUCUGUUAAUAUCGUCCGCCUCGGGGAACUAGAGUUUGGCACUGACACCGACGACGCUGAUCCCGAGGACUUUAGCGUUAAGGACCACACGAUGCAUCCCGACUUCGAUUAUCCAGCUCUUUACAAUGACCUGUCCAUCAUUAGGCUGACCAGGACUGUAUCCUUUAACGAGUACAAGCAUCCAGCAUGCCUUCCGUUUAGCGACGGAAAAUCAGACCCUUCCUUCGUCGCCAUCGGCUGGGGGCAGCUAGAGUUCGUUCCUCGGCGUGGUGCGGAGACCAAGAAGCUGCAGAAGGUUAAGCUCAGUAACUACGGCACCCGCUGCUCGAUUACCGCGGAAAAAAACGAGCAGCUGCCCAAUGGAUAUAAUGCCACCACGCAAAUCUGUAUUGGGUCAUCUGAGCACAAGGAUACCUGCAACGGCGACUCUGGCGGACCAGUGCUAACCUACCACAAGACAUUUCCUUGCAUGUACCACGUAAUGGGUAUCACCUCGUUUGGAGUGGGUUGCGACACGCCCGAUGUGCCCGCCAUGUAUACGAGGGUGCACUUCUACAUCAACUGGAUCAAGCAGGAGCUGGCCAAGACGUAAAGAUUUAGAUUUGGAUAAAUUUUUGAUGAAUAUCCGUAAAUUUCAAUGUAUACAUUUUAACAACAACCCGGCUAAAUAAAUGUAAAAACAAUGAUUUAAAAAAACCUUACCAAGUCAA